GACAUUUCUUCUUCUUCCCCCGUCAAAUGUAGAGAAAUAUAAUAGUGGACGUGUUCUCCUAAAAAAAAGAUUGUAUUUGAAGGAGAUCUUUUUGUGCUUUUUUGCAAGGUGAAAAGUUAUUUGUACACCGUCAAAAUAGCAAAAUCAGUGAGCCAGAGAUCCCGCGGCAAGAUGGGUAGUAAGAAGGAGAGCGAAAGGACGAAAUUUAUACAGGAGAAAUGUCAGAAUUUGCUGACUCAGAUGCUCCGUGAUGAAGAUAACAAAUACUGCGUGGAUUGCGAUGCAAAAGGUCCUAGAUGGGCUUCGUGGAAUUUGGGCGUCUUUCUCUGUAUCCGAUGUGCGGGGAUUCACAGGAAUUUGGGUGUUCACAUUUCUCGUGUGAAAUCUGUGAAUCUAGACGCCUGGACACCUGAGCAAGUUGUCUCCCUGCAGCAGAUGGGCAACUCACGAGCACGUGCUGUGUAUGAAGCUCAACUCCCGGAUGGUUUUCGUCGUCCACAGACUGAUUCGGCGCUUGAGACUUUUAUUCGUGCCAAGUAUGAGCAUAAGAAGUACUUAGCUAGAGAAUGGGUCCAACCACCACCGCCAAAGGUGGACUGGGAUAAGGAGAUCGAAGAGGAGAUGGAGAAGUUGAAGAGAAAAAAGAAAUCAUCGAGCACAUUGGGAUUGUCGAGUGUCAGUACAGAGAGUAGUGGGAGUAAGAAGAGCUUGGCCAAGUCUGCCCCAAUUCCAGCACCCUUGCCUAAGCCGAAGGCAACAUCGAGUAGCCCCAAGAGUACACGGACUGACCACAAUCCCCCCACGAGUGCUACGUCGGAUCUUCUUGGUUUAUCCUCACCAACAGCCACCAAUGGGCCCACGACGAAAGACUUGGCGGGGGAUGCCUUCAAUUCCUUCCUGAGUGCCCCACCGGCUGUCGAGGAGGCACCCAAGGUGCCCACGACGAAUGCAUUGGAUCAGGAGGAGGCGGACUUCUUCAAUCAGGUGCCCAAUGAGAAGGAGAAGGCCAAGAUGACCAAGGAUAGCAUCAUGGCACUCUAUGCUGCCGCACCAACGCCCAGUUUCAACAAUUUCUCCCAGUUCCCACCGCCACAGGCGCCCUAUGGGGGGCAAUUUGGUGCUCAACCAGGGAGUGGCUUUGCCGCCGCACCAACAGGCUACGCUGCAAUGCCACAAUUUGGUCAACAGCCGCCGCAUCAUCCGCCAGUUUCGACAAACAACGGUGCAAUGUUCGGUUUUCCGGCACAGCCACAGCCCUUUGGGCAGUUUACAGCAUUCCAGACACCCCCCAAUUCGGCGGGUCUCAAGCAACCACCCCCGAAUGCCGCCAAUUCAGCACUCAACCAGCAAUUUGGUAAUCUCAAUUUGGGCAAUGUGUGGCAAUAGGGUGGUUUGGUCAAUGAGCUUUUUGCGUGAGUGUACAACAACCUGAUGAGAUCAAUAUCACUAGAAAUAAGAGGAUGCGUGGGAAGGACAUAAAGGUCACCUUUUUGCAGGACUAAAAACUGCUCAAUUGAUGAUUUAUUAUCUUUUUAUUUUAUAAUAAUUCAUCAAAAUAUUCUCUUUCCUCCACUUUGUGUCUUUCCGGGUGAUAUUCCUCAACAAAUUUCUUUCAUUUUUGCAAUAUCUUUUGCAGUUUUUUUUCUCAUAACCUCAUAAGUAUUUCACAAAGCUUUAUUAUUCUCCGUAAAAUUAAUUUCUUUGUUGAAUUUAUUAUGCAAAGUUUGCGUAAUAAAUUCAUUUAUUUUUCCCCCAGUAUAAUGUGCUUUAUGACUUGUUAGCUAACAAAAAAACUGCCACAAUUGGUGCAAAAUGAUUAAAUUCCGGAAGUGCAGCGAUAAGAAAGCUUUUUUUCUGUUCUGAUUUGCAUUAAAAUGAGAAUUUUGCAAAAGAAAAAAAAAACAUUUUUAUCGUUGUCCUUAAGAAAAUUGUAGUAAAUACAAUAAAAGUAUUUUAAGAAUUUGCCGCUGGAACUGAAGGGCGUUCUAGAACACUGAGAACUUUUAUUUUUAAUUAGAUUUCAUUAUGAAAAACUAUUCGGAUGUUUGAUUAUUUAGUUACAAUGCAUCCAAAGUUAUUUAAUUACAAUUUAAUUGGAUUAACCAACAGGCAGAUUUAAACGCCAUCUAUUGAGUAGAGUCAGAUUUUCUGCUAAUACUCAACUACACGAUUUUAUAGACAAUGAAGAUUUAUUAAUUAUUUAAUUCAUCUAAUUAAAAAAAAUCAUUUUCAGCGCUUUCCUAAAAGAAAAAAAAUCAAAACUCUUCGAGACCUUUUCAGGAAUAUCACCCACUCCUCCCACUUUUCCAAAACUUUUUCGCAUUAAAUAAAAAUAAAAGAAAACAGAGAAGAAAAUAAAUUAUAUAACAAUCAAUAUACAAAAUUCUCUAACAUUGGAUAAUAAAAAAAUUAAGAGAAAUAGACCAUCACGUUUAGCGAGUAUUUAAGAUGAAAUUUUAGUAGAAAAAUUGUUCAGUAAAAGAAAAAAAUGAAGAAAUACUAUGAAUUUUAACACACACCCCCGCGUGUUUGGGGGGAUGUGAUGUGGCGCGUUGAAAUAGGAUGAUGAGAAAAUGAGGCCUAUUUUUGUGCUUGUUUGCCCCCCAGCCAAGGUGGUUCAUCCCCACAGCCCAUCCUUGGUGGGGGCGUCGACGUAUUAAGUGUAAUAUAAAUAAUUUUCGUACUUGGACAAGAGCCUCCAAAGGGGCUCGAGAUCAAGCAAAAAAAAAUCGAGUUUUAGGUGAAAUUUCUUUUGAAUUGAAAAGAAAAAAAAAACAAAUACAAUGUGAAAGGACAAAAAUUGUGUAAUUCUGUUGUCUGGAUGAAUAAAAAAAAAACAGAGAAAAAUAA